AUGAAUUAUAUACCAAAAUUAGAACCAAUUAUUUCUCGUCAAGUACUAAAUAAUGAUAUUCAUUAUAAUAUAUGGCAAACAGAUGAACAACUUGAAGAUGAACUUGAUGAAAAUGUUGAUUAUUAUGUUACUAAUUUAACUGCUAGUGAUUGUUUAUUCAUUUCAAAUGGAUGGAUUUUUCAAGGACGUUCGUUAGAUAAGACAACAUCGAUUAUAUGUAAUAUUCAUCAUAAACAAACAUUAAAUAUUGAUGUAAAUGAAGUCAAGAGUUAUUCAACAAGAAAUACAUUUGAUUCUUCAUUUACACUUGAUCAAAUUGAUUGGUCAACAAUGGAAAGUGGACCACAAAAUUUAAAAGAAAUCAUAAUGGAUUUGAUUAAUUGA